AUGCUUUUGGCAGAGCACCUUCACAAGGCCAGGCUGCUCACAACAGGCUGGAUCCUGGCCCUGGCACUGCUCCUCCUUUUACAGAAUGGUAGUUAUGCUGCUCCAUCACAAGACAGUCCACUGGUCCGCACCACCAGAGUAAGAAGACAGAGCCCCGGUACAGACGAGCCCCCCUCCUCCUCCACAGUCAACCAGACGAUGAAAGACCAGCCUGUGGUCUUCAACCAUGUCUACAACAUAAACGUCCCUAUGGAGUCUCUCUGCUCUGUGGAUCUGGACGCCUCUGCAGCUGCCCCCGGGGCUCGGGCAGAGCUGGGGUCCAGACUCGCUGUGCAGGGGCCACUUGACUCAAUGGAACCCACAGAAUACACAGAGCAGACGCUGGACACUGAGAGCCAGGUCACAUUUACUCAUCGCAUCAACAUCCCCAAAGCCGCAUGUGGCUGUCCCUCGUCCAUCACCCUCCAGCAGCUGGUCACUCGAGUGGAGAUGUUGGAGAGGGAGGUGUCCAUGCUCAGAGCGCAGUGUGGCGCUGGGUGCUGUGGGGACGGCUCUGCCAUGGGCCGUUUGGAUGUCGGCUCCAGCUGCAGCGGUCAUGGCACCUUCAGCUUUGAGAUCUGUGGCUGUAUCUGUGAAGAAGGUUGGACGGGCAAGAACUGCUCAGAGCCGCGUUGCCCGGACGACUGCUCAGGACAGGGCAUCUGUGUGGAGGGCGAGUGUGUAUGUGACCGUGACUUCGGAGGGGACAAUUGUUCGGAGCCGCGGUGCCCUUCAGACUGCUCGGGGCGUGGCCUCUGUAUCGAUGGAGAGUGUGUGUGUGAGGAGUCCUACACGGGGGAGGACUGCAUGGUGGGACGCUGCCUCAACGACUGCUCUGACCAGGGCCAGUGCGUCAACGGCACCUGCCACUGUCGCCCUGGAUAUGUGGGGGAAGACUGCUCUCUGGUCUACUGUGCCAACAACUGCAGCAAGAAGGGGGUGUGCAAAGAGGGCUUCUGUGUGUGCCAGGACGGCUACGCUGGAGAUGACUGUAACUCAGUGGCACCAGCGAUGAACUUGAGGGUACGAGCAGUGACCGAUCGAUCAAUUGACCUGGAGUGGGAGGGCUCGGUCGUCCUUACAGACUUCCUGGUCACUUACACACCCAAUACCCCUGGAGGGGUGCAGAUGGAGUUGCGGCUGCCCGGUAACACCACCACAUGCUCCAUCUCCGGGCUGGACGCCGGAAUGGAAUACAACAUCAACGUGUUCUCUGUCAUCAACAACAGUAUCAGUGUCCCCGCCAGCAUCACCGUCUCCACCUAUGUCUCCAGUCCAGAUAGCUUAGUCUUCAAAUCCAUCAAGACGUCAGUGGAGGUCCAGUGGCAGCCGUUCUACUUCUCCUUCGAUGGAUGGGAGAUCAGCUUUAUCCCUAAGGACAAUGAUGGAGGGAUGACAGCACAGCUCCCCAGCACCAUCACCUCUUUUGUGCAGACUGGUCUGAGACCAGGAGAGGAGUACACAGUGAACCUGGUGGCCCUGAGGGAGCAGGGCAGGAGCCAACCCAUCACUGGCAUCGUCACAACACUGAUAGAUGGCCCCACUCAGCUGAUCGUUCGAGAUGUGUCAGACACGGUGGCGUUUGUGGAGUGGACCCCACCGAAGGCUAAAAUUGAUCAGAUCGUUCUGCGCUACGGCCUGGUGGGAGAAGGGCCGCGCACCACCUUCCGCUUGCAGCCCUCUCUCAGCCAGUAUUCCCUUCAGGUUCUGCAGCCCGGAUCACGUUAUAAUGUGUCUGUGAGUGGAGUGAGGAAAGGAAAUGAGAGCGGAGCCAUUUCCACAGAGUUUUCCACUGCUUUAUCGUUUUUCUCAGAGAUCGAUGCUCCUAAGAACCUGCGCCUCGUGACCAAGAGCUCCACCAGCCUGGAGCUGGAGUGGGACAACAGUGAGGCGGAGGUGGAUGGAUACCAGGUGGUAUACAGCACUUUGGCCGGAGACCUGUAUGAUAAAGUUAUUGUUCCACGCAAUGAAGGAGUCACCUCCAAGACCACACUGACAGACCUUCUCCCAGGCACAGAGUACGGCAUUGGCAUCUCAGCAAUGAGAGGAAGCAACCAGAGUGCCCCCUCAACCAUGAACGCCAGGACAGGCCUGGACGUUCCAUUGGACCUUACUGUCACAGCGUCCACAGAUAACACCAUAACUCUUGCGUGGGGGGUCGUCCAGGGCCCCAUUGACCAUUACAAGGUUACCUACAUAUCGUCGUCUGGCGUCACAACCGAGCUCACUGUUCCCAAAGAAGUGACCAUGGUGACACUAGUGGACCUUGAGCCUGGAACCGAAUACACAAUCACUGUGGCUGCACGGAGAGGCAGACAACAGAGCACCGCCGCUACAAUAGACGCCUUUACAGGAAUCAGGCCCGUAACUCACCUCUUCCUGUCAGAGGUGACUUCAAACACCGCGUUGGUGGCCUGGAGCUCUCCAGCGCCCCCUGCAGACUUCUUCAUUCUCAGCUACAGCUCGGCCGAUGGGACCGACACCUCCAAGGACACACUAGACGGAUCCAAGACCAGGUCUCUGGUUCAGGGCCUGCUGCCUGCGACAGAGUACACCAUCAGUUUAAUCACUAUACAAGGAGACUCUACCUCGGAGCCUAUUACAGCCUCUCUCACCACAGGUACAGACCCACCCAAAGUGCUGCUGGUGUCUGAUGUGACGGAGGACUCUGUAACGCUUUCCUGGAUCACACCACUGGCUCCUUUCAAACACUACAAACUUUCCUACCUGUCUGCCCAAGGCCGGGAGGACAGCAUGGUGAUUGACAGUGAUGUGAACAACUACACCUUGUCCAGUCUGUUCCCAGCCACGGAGUAUGAGAUCAGUCUGACUGCUGUCCGUGACAACCAGGAGAGCAAAGCGGUUAGCACAUCUGUGUUUACAGCUAUGGACAUGCCCUCUGAACUGGCAGCGAUUAACAUUACACCUCAAGGCGCCGUGUUGAGGUGGAAUCCUCCAGUCUCCAGUGUGGACAACUACGUCUUAACCCUCACGCACAACCAGGUAACGGCUGAUACAUUCCUGGUAGAAGGCAACAAGCAGGAGCACCAGCUGUCCAAUCUGAAACCCAGCACCACCUACUCCGUGGCCCUGUAUGCCACCAAGGGACCCCUGACCAGUGGAACAGUCAUCACUAACCUCCAAACACCAAUGGAUGCCCCACUGAAUCUGACAGCCAGUGAAGUGAACCAUCGCAGCGCUCUGAUCUCCUGGCAACCUCCUAUGGCUGAAAUCGACAACUACAUGCUCACAUACAAGUCUGCUGACGGAAGCCGCAAAGAGCUGAUCCUAGACUCCGAGGACACGUGGAUCCGCCUGGAGGGACUGGCUGAGACCACAGAGUACACCGUGAAGCUGCAGGCUGCCCGCGGACUGGAUACAAGCGCUGUUGUGUCCACUACUUUCACUACAGGGAGCCGCUUGUUUGCUACACCUCAGAACUGCGCCCAGCACCUGCUCAACGGAGAGGCCCUGAGCGGAGUCUACACCAUCUACAUUAACAGAGACCCCGGCCAAGGCGUGCAGGUGUACUGCGACAUGACCACGGACGAUGGAGGCUGGAUUGUGUUUCAGCGCCGACAGAACGGACUGACUGACUUUUCCAGAAAGUGGAACGAUUACCGCGCUGGUUUUGGAAAUCUGGAGGAUGAGUUUUGGCUUGGCUUGGACAACAUCCAGAGAAUCGCCGCUCAGGGCCGUUAUGAGCUGAGAAUCGACAUGAAGGAUGGACAGGAGUCGGUCUACGCAAAUUAUGAUAAAUUCUCCAUCGGGGACGCCAGAAACCUUUACAAGCUCAGGAUAGGGGAGUACAACGGCACCGCAGGGGACUCUCUGAGCUACCACCAGGGCCGGCCCUUCUCCACUAAAGACAGAGACAACGAUAUUGCUGUCACAAACUGUGCCUUGUCCUACAAAGGGGCCUGGUGGUACAAGAACUGCCACCGGGCCAACCUCAACGGCAAAUACGGGGAGUCCAGACACAGCCAGGGGAUUAACUGGUACCACUGGAAAGGCCAUGAGUUCUCCAUUCCGUUUGUGGAGAUGAAGAUGAGGCCGUUCAAGUUCCGCAGCAUCAGCAGCAAGAGGAGGCGGUUAGCUGAGUAACCGCACACCCCCGGCUUGGAGUGAUGGAGCCCUGGUCGGACCAUGUUUAACACAGGAUCUGAAUAACUUCAACAAGAAGAUAGCUACUAAUAUGUUAACGUUUGUUACAUAACAGCUACGAAGUGUGAAAAGCCUCUCUAACAACCCACUCUUAGCAGCAUGAGACAUGGUCCGACCUGCGUACAUCCUCUCUCCUGCUUUCGCUGUCUGCUCCUGCUGUACUUCUGCCCAGAAGACAAUGUAUGUAUUUGAUGAAUAAUUUUGAUGACAAUUGUUCAUUUUGCUGUAAAACAGGAAGGCAACCCCAGAGCUUUCUCUCCUUUUAAGUCUGUGAAUGGCCUUUCCCUGUGUAGGAAAGACAAGAGCUCCGAAACACCCUCCAAACUGAGGGAGUAUUAUUUUAAAUUCAAACGCUUUUAACAAAAAUAAACUGUACACGCCCUUAAAACUCCUAACUGUAAGAUAUCUAUAUUUUUAUAACUGAUAUUGUGACAAUAUUCACCUAUUUCAUUUAAUUUAAUUAUAUUUAAUUUAUAGUCCUGUUUUUGCAUCUAUUUAAGUUAAUGUUAUUAUUACAAUGGAUAUAAUUUAAUCAACAACCGAAUCUCUCAGAAAGCAGUGCACCAGCAACAACUCUGUGAUAUUUCUAAUUCCUCCAAAUGUCUCAGUGUGUCCAGAUGUGUUAUUUAAGUACACUUUUUCCUGUGCAUUAAAUAGUUUAUUUUGUCAGUUGGUGUUAUACAUAUAUAUUUUGGCGUAGAAUAGUGGACAAGAUGGUACCGUGUUUUCAUUUUUUAUUUGGCCGUCUGAGCCCGGAUACAUCUCCAUCUAUUGGCUUUUUCUGAACAUUUUGGGUGUAUUCACUAUCACAUGAAUGCACCAUGAGUUUUCUGGAUAAAUCAGCCAAAAAAGAAAAUUAUAAUGGUGUAUUUAAUAAAGUUAUUAUAGAGGGAGUAUAGAGGAAGCUUCAUUUGCACUAAAAGUAAGAACAAAUAAGCUAUUCUGGUCUCAUUUGUGUGACUUUUAUGGCUAUUCAUGAACAAUAGUCAUAAUUUUAUCAACUCCCCUCUGAUGAACGAAGGCGUGCUCCUGCUCUCUCUGUGUGGGACUACUGAUGAUGUGGUUGCCUGCAGUUAUGGUGACAUUUAAGCUAAAUCUGCUUUAUAGACUCAGCCUGCUGUUUGAAAUAUGGUCAUUCUCUUCUCUUAAUGAAGUCUUGCCUUUUAGGACUCGCAGUUAAUCAUGUCCCUGGGUGGGUGUAUUCAAUGUUGCUCAUAAACUCCAAAUAAAGUCAUGUUGUUAAUCCAGUGUUAGCCUAAAUUAAACAAAGAAAGCAGAACAUUGCAUUGCGCGAGCCAAUUCUUUGCUUCUCUGUUUAAGCUCCCAGCAGAACCAACAUGGCGGUGCUUGUAUUCUUUCACUGUCCGGGUGUAAUCUGCUGCGUGGCCUUCCAGCGUUAUGUAUUUAGUUACUAUUUUCAAACAUUUAUUUUCUUUUAUACAGCAAUCAACCAAACACACCAGACUAAAUCCUGUUUCUGUUGUCAAAAUGAAAAGAGUUAUGUAGAUUAUUUUGGGGUUUUUUGUCACCAGGACUGCAGGCAUUAUUUGGAUUUUCAUAAGGCACUUUUAUUUUGAAACUGUGAAAUUUCUUUUUACACUCACCCGUACAGCCACUGUGAAUUGUAUUAUACGGCAGUGUUUUUGGUUGUGUUUAUUUUCCCUGUUUUUGACAAAUUGUAUGUGAAGAACCUGCUGUGAACCUGUGAGCCUGUAUUUGUGUCCACUUAGGGUUGUCAAACGCAUCGAAAAUCAGAUAUUAAUUGAUGCAAAAAACAGUUUUAAGUCUAUUCCUUAGUAUCAAAAUCGAGUUUGAAGUUUUAGUAUCGCGACAACGCUACGUCCACUCCACAAAUACAGCCUUUACGCAGCAGAACUAUAGUCAAAGCACUUGUCGAGCAUUUUUGUGUACGAGUUGUCUACGUAAAACCCUUUUAAUUUUAUAGAAGUCAACUUAACGCGAAACACUUCUUCACUGUUCUUGUCCUUAAUUUCUUCCUUGGAGCUCCCUCUACAUUUGGUAAUGAAAGACAAUUUUAGAUACUCAUUUAUUCUGUUAGCUCUUGUGUAAUUGACUUGCGGUGCAGUGCCAGGCAGCAGCAGCAACAAAACAAAGACCCUUCCUUCCGCUGGAUUUAAAAGUUUGUGUUUUCAUUAUGUCAGAAUGUCAACCUUGAGUGACUAAAGCUGCACAUUAGCGUUUCGACUAAAUACGUUCUGUAAUUUGCAUCCAGAUUCACACAUACAUCCCGGUAACCUCUGCAUUAACAACCCAGCUCUAAAUAUAUCCAGCUAAAAUUAAAAACCGAAUCCCCGAUAUCGCGUUAACAAGUUGCAUAAUUAAUUUACUAAACGUUUAAUGGCGGCCAGGGUUGCUAUGGAAGUUGGCUGGAAAGGUUGGAGUAGGUGAAGCGACUUAACUUUGAUAAAUGAGUUCUCCGGGCCAAUGAAGAGAGGCUCAAAUUGCUAACAAAGGCAAAACAAAACAGAUGCAAGUAAAAAAAAGUAAACAAUGAACAAAUGUGUAUGGGCUGGGCGACCUUUUGCAGAGCUGAUUAAUGUUUGGGUGUCAAAGUGACUGUCUCGUUGCUUCUCCCGCGAUCCAUCUCCCGCCGUGAUUCAUUGUAGAGUAGGGAAUUUUCCAUGUACUUUCUAUUAUUAAGUAUUGCGUUUGUGCGUUUUUAUGGGAGGAACGCUGGAGGAACAGAAUGUGAUUUGCUGGGCGUGUCUUACGGCGCACUAUAACGUGUUUGGGUCUAGUAAAAUUUCAUGACCUUCAGGGAACAUCAGCUGUUGACAGAUUCAUGCCAGUUCUUGUUUUCUUUAGCAUUAGCAGUAAAAAAAUGCCACAAAAGUUACACGUUUAUUAUAAGACCCUAAGACAUCAAUUGUAAGUUAUAGCUCGUACUAUUUAUUUAUCAGUUCCUUUUGUUUCUAUGUGUUUUUAGGUUGUAAUAUUUAGAUUUUUAUGAACCACUGGAAAAACGCAACUUGUCUGUGACGUUAUCUAUAUGUACGCUGUUGUUUUUUUCUUUUUAUCUGAUUGAACAGUGAACUAAUUAUGUUACGAACCAUUUUAAUUUAUAUUUUCUUAUGUUCAAUUAUUAUAUUCAUUUACAUUUUUUGCCAUAAUGCUGUAAAUGUCAUAAAGGUGAAGUUGACUGUUGGAAAGCUAUGUUAAAACUACUGAUUUCUUGUUGGAUAACCUUAGCUCUAGUUUGACUGAAACAUGUACAAUAUAGUUCCUUUUUUAAUACAUUUUCUACAUAUUAAUAAAAUAUUUAAUAGUC